AUGAGCUUCUUAUCACAUGGUCGAUAUUGCAUCUAUCUAUCUAUCUAUCUAUCUAUCUAUCUAUCAACAAAGAUAUUUACCAUAAAAGAUGAUAUCCUGUUAUAUGCGGCGACUGUGGAAGAGGACAAAAUAACUCCGGUUACAGAUGAUCAUAUAGCGUCUUCUUCAAACUCUGCUUUGCACUCUUCUGCUUGCCGUGGCGAUGGCCAACCCAGCAGGACUGCAAAGGCUGCAAAAACACCCAGGCGAUGCAACCUUAGCAGGAGGUCAAAAAGAGCCUCACCGGCUAAGGGGAAACGGAAGCAGGGUUCCAUUGAGUGUGCCUCCUUGGAGGAGAAGCGGCUGGCGUGGCGUGGCGUGGCGUGGCGUGGCGAUUACCGACCCGGCAGCUUUGCUAAGCGUGCCAAAAUACCAUGGCGAGGCAUCCUUAGCAGGCGUUCUAAAAGUGCCUGUGCAACAAAGAGAAAGCGGGGGGGGGAUGAGCGUAACUACCGUUUGUACUGCAAAUCAGUUUACACAUAUUCAUUGAAAAGAAAGAGGAAACUACCUAAACGCUUGCAAGACAACAAAAGAGCGGCUUCAUCACAAGCGCUUUUGCGGUCUCGACAGAGCCCGGAUCGAAAAGCUGCUCGCAAUGCAGCCUACGCCGCUGCAAAUUCCAUUCGACGGUCCCAGGAGACCACAGGUCAUAAAACCGCACGUAAUGCACGAAAGCUGUGGCAACGUCCAUUCGACGGUCACAGGAAUCCAUGGCUUAGAAAAUCGCACGCCAUGCAGCCGACGCCGCUGCAACUUCUACUGCCAGGGCGUCGGAAACUUCCGCGCCAAAGCGCACGAGGCGGCAACGCGAUGCAAUUUCAACUUCCGCUGCUAGAGCUGUAG